UGUGAAAAUAGGACCUUUAAGGUACAUAAGUUUGGCACCAUCUCAAGUCUGGCUUGAAGUUGAAAGACCAAGUCCUAAUUCGAUCUAGCCUAGCUUGUCCACUCCUGUGAGCCUCUGCGAAUGGUUUUGUGCUUUUGUUCCUUUCUUUGUGUUCAGUUCCUAUUUACCAUCCUAUAUAUGGCAUAUGCGUGCAACAUUUCAUGAUAAAUAAUAAAGCCAUGAAUUUCUGUAUGUAAAGUGUAUACUACAAUUUGCCAUUUUUAAGUCCAUGAAACACAUUUCCAUUAGAAAUAUGGCUUCCUGCUGUUUCUUUCUAGCCUUCUGCUUCUUAGCCAUUCCACUGUCAAAUGGUAAGAAUACAAGCUAUGACGCGUGCUCUAAACUAUACUCAUGCGGGAAGAUCCAAAAUAUAGGGUAUCCGUUCUGGGGAGGUGAUAGGCCCCGGUUCUGUGGGAUGCCGGACUUCGGGCUCACUUGUAAUGUGACUAAUCAGUACACUACUAUGAACUUUUUUAAAUUCGCAUACUAUGUAUUAAGAGUGCUUGGCAUUGAUGCAUCUUCCCACACCAUGACUGUUUCUCCAAGUGUCCUGUUUGAACAUUGUUAUUUGCGAGAUACAAGUCAAAUAGCCUUGCUUCCCACUUUGAAGCCCGACGCCAGUUAUACGAAUAUAAGUUUAUCCUAUGGUUGUGCCAAUAUUGAUGUCUCUCGAUAUCACAGCAAGUCUUUUAACUGCUCCAAUGAUGAUGGUUCAAAAGGUCUUGCUUAUUGGUUUAAUGAAUCAUCACACAACAGUAGGAUAGGUAAGCCGUUUCCAUGCAGUAACACUGUCAAGUUUCUGGUGGAUAAGAGUGCGUUAGAUGAACUCAAAAGCACAAAAGCCUCACUUCUGAAUAUCUUAAAGAAGGUGCAAAUUAAGACGAAAUACUUGGUGAGCUUCACAGCUUGUUCCAAGUGCGAAGAGUCUGGUGGCAGAUGCGGAUCAUCAAAAAAUCUAUCUGAGGAUAAGUUUGUGUGUUAUUGCCGAGAUGGACAUCAUCAGUCACUCGUGUGUCCGAAAUCAGUAAAGUUAAAGUUGGGACAGAUUCUGGGACUAGGCAUUGGAGGAGCUUUGCUUGUGUUGAUAGCAAUCAUAGGUUUCUGGCACCGUAAGAAGCUCAAAUGUGUAACUCAGAGUGAUUCCCUUGACUGUAGUGCAUCAGAACUUGAAAAGGGAAGCAUAUACUUUGGUGUAUCACUCUUCUCUUACAGUGAGCUUGUAGAAGCCACUGCUAAUUUUGAUCAUUCUAAAGAACUUGGCCGCGGUGGCUUUGGAAUAGUUUAUUAUGGGAAACUAAAAGAUGGGAGGGAAGUUGCUGUUAAACGUCUUUAUGAGAAGAGCUACAGAAGGCAGGAGCAGUUUAUGAACGAAAUUCAAAUACUGACCCUUUUGAGACACCAAAACCUUGUGUCACUCUAUGGCUGCACUUCCCUGCAUUGCAGAGAACUACUACUUGUUUACGAGUAUGUGAAAAAUGGCACCGUAGCUGAUCACCUGUAUGGUAGUAACACAAAAUCAGGAUAUCUUCCAUGGCCUGUUCGGCUGAGAAUUGGAAUAGAAACAGCCGCUGCGCUCUCUUACCUCCAUGCUUCUGAUAUCAUACACCGUGAUGUCAAAACUAACAACAUUCUCCUUGACUGCAACUUCAGUGUCAAAGUUGCUGAUUUUGGGCUUUGUAGAGACUUCCCAACCGAUGUAACUCAUGUGUCAACAGCUCCACAGGGGACUCCUGGGUAUCUAGACCCUGAGUAUCACCAGUGUUAUAAGCUGACAGAUAAAAGUGAUGUUUACAGCUUUGGAGUAGUCCUCAUUGAGCUCAUUUCCUCUUUGUCUGCAAUAGACAUGGAUAGGCCUACACAUGAGAUAAACUUGUUCAACUAUGCAAUGAACAGGAUUCAACGUUGUGCAUUUGAUGAGUUAGUGGAUCCACAACUUGGGUUCGCGCUAGAUUUCAAGGUUAGGAGAAUGACUGUAUCGGUGGCAGAGCUUGCGUUCCAGUGCCUGCAACAUGACAAGGAACUCAGGCCGUCAAUGGACGAGGUUUUAGAGGUUCUCAAGAGCAUUGAAGGCACUGAUUAUGAAGCACUGCAGGCAGAAGAAAUGGCGAAAAAUGUUGGGUUCGUGGAUGAUGAAGCAUUGCUAGCUGAAGAGAUGGCUGAUAUUGCUAAUGUAGAAGUUUAUGAUGUGUCGAAGGCGGAAGGGAAGGCUAAGAAUGCUGCGGUAGAGGUGCUGAAAAUGCAUACUAGUGAUCCACGACCUUCAGCCGUAGAGGAUGAUCAUGCACAGCUGUUGAAUAAUUAUCAUCGGCCAUAUUCUUCUUCCCCGAUUUCUGUGAUGGUUAAAUGGGUUGGUAGUUCCACUACAUCUAGCUCCAGCAAGUAAGCUCAACAGUUUGUUUCCUUUCCUCUGAAUACAUCAAGCAACUAUUGUGAUGGUUGUAAAUUGAUGGAAUUGUUUCUAUGCAACUCUGGUAGUCUGGUAGACUAUAUACAUACAAGUUUUGAUUAGCAGGGAAUGUUGUACAAAUCGAGCUUAUUUUGUUUCAGUUUUACUUGAAUUACAUAGAAUUUGAUUCAAUUUCAAGUUAUAUUCUCUUACAUACGUAUUGUUCCCCCCAUCUUCAAAUAAAAGUCUCAUUACUUAAAACUAUAACAAUCUCAUAUCACUUUUAUUUAUUUGUUUUUAUUCAUUUCUAAUUAGUUAAUCUAUACCAUUUUUUUUUCCUUUUUAUAUUCACCUUUAAUCAACCAAACUCCACUAUCUUAUUUUUAUAUUUACGUAGUACUUUUAAUCGACUAAACUCCAUAUUCGAGUUAGACCUCAUAUAACCUCAAACAAAACACAUCAUCACAUAUAUCAGUCACAUACGAGGAAUAUCUUGUUUGAGGUCGGUUUGAGUCGGGUUGAUUCACACAAUAGUCCAUUCAGGUCCGUAUAAUAUGCAUUUCCAGCUCCAUCAGUUUGCAAAAGAAACUACGAAAAGACAAGGCCUGAAAUAUAACCAAAAGUCCAGUCUCACUCUCUUCCUUCACACUCUCUCUGCCGCCGUCGCUCAGUCGUCCGGAACCACCGUCCGGAGCCGGAGAUUGUAGUUUAUUUGUCUUCAAA